AUGGAGUUAGAGGUGCUCCGUCACAGCGGCAUUACUCAGCCUGAGUCCAAAAUCCUGUCCAUCCGUGUGGGCAGUACUCGGCGUCAAGUGCAAGUGAAUCAGCUGGAGAGGCCUCUGACAUUCCCGGUGCGCCCAGCUGACUGCUCCUCAGUGAAGGUAGAUGUCCUGGACCUCAAAGGCACUGCGCGGGUCGCAUGCUCGCAGUCCACGAAUGAGUACACCAUCCCGCUAGAGUCCCCCGUUGAGGGCGAGACAACCACGGGAAUGGAGGUGGCCAUCCGGAUCAAGCCGCAAGGCACAGACAGCUCGCAGGCAGCUCAAGAGGAGCAAGACGAGAAGAAGAAGGAGGAUUCCGCGAAGGAAUACCUGGAGAAGCACGGCCUCACUUCCUUCAUGCAGUUCCUCAUCCAGAGCUUGAUGAAGGACAAGCCAGAGGAUCCGUACGAGUUCGUGCAGAGGCAGGUGACCAAACGGAUCAUGGCCACACAGCUCGCAGGGCCGACAGAUGAGAAGCUGGAUGCCAUCCUGAAGCAGCUUUCUGAGUCCGCGGACGCGGUGCCCGUUGAGCAGCUGCAAAGCCUCCAGAAGCAGGCGGAAGCGGCAGGUGAGCAGCUGAAGAAAGACAAUCAGGAGCUGCGAGAUACCCUCAACCUGCUGAAGGGCAGGUACCGCAAGCUGCUUUUGGAGAACGCAGAACUUGCGAAGAAGGUCGGGGAAGACCCCGAAGGGAGUGAGUUCUCCCUCAUGACGAUGCAGGACGAUGUUUGCGGUCUGGUCAGCGACAAUGCCCUGCUCGUGUCGGAGCUGGCAAGCGGCUCCCUGCCGGCAGAGCUCCGGGCAGCGCGCCGCGGCUCAGGAGCACAAUCGCAUGCGGCAACAUGCCUCUUCAAGGCGGAGGUGGGGCCAAAGCUGGGACAGCGCAUGCCAGUUACACGGGAGCCGUGCCAGGUGCGGUUCGCCAGGUCUUUGCCGGUGCGGCGCUUCAAAGAGAAGGCGCGAGCCACGGUGCAGGCCUACUUGGACUUCAAGCCCGGCCAGGACGCUGACCUUUCCCGAUGGCCGAGCACGAAGUCGCUCGCAGGAUAUGCGCUGGAGCCAACGCGGGACCUGACGCAGUCAGAACUGGGUCUGCAAUCACUGUGGCUGGCUUCUGCAGCUCCGUUGGCCCAGUGGCAGCUAUUUGACCCUGCCCGAUCUGAACCACAGGCCCUCACCGAGCCGGCCCCGGCCGCCCCGCUACCUGAACCGUGGCAGUCGCAAAUGGCCACUCCACAUUUGACUGCGUCACAGCAGCAAGUGCAAAGUGAGCCGCAGAUGACGCCAGCCACGCGUGGCACGCCGCCUUUGCCUCAGCCAAAGCCUGAGUCAGGGACGAGCCAGCCGCUCACGCAGCCAUUGGCCUGGCCACUGUUCAUGAGCCCAGCACCUACGCAAGCUCAGCCACAGGCAAGUGACCAGCCGCCGCCACCGCAAUUGCCUGCGCAAUUUGCAGUAGUUGAACCAACGACUGUACCACAGACGGACCAGCCUCAGUCGCAGGGCCCUGAUCCUGACAUGGUGGACGAGGUGACAAAGCAUCUACUGCUGGCCAGAGACAAGAUUGAGGCCGUGGAACGUGAGUUUGCCCAAAUCAUGGGCGAGCUCGCCUCGUACGGCCGGAAGUCCGCCUCAUCGUCAGAAGUUGCUCGUUCAGACGGGUUGCGAGGAGCGAACCUUCCCUCGGUGAGUCGGAGGCGCCAAGCCUGCGGCCCGGAUCGGAGAGCGGCAGCAUUCCUGGUGGAGAUGCUGGCGGGGGUGGAUCUGGGCAGGCCAGAUGAGGCAUGGCGCAGACCUCGAACCCUUGCCACGCGGACGACCCUGCGAGGCCACAACGACUUACCCUGUCAGCAACAAACGCUGGAACGAGGCGAAUGA